AUGGUAUUUCGUUACUGGGGAAACGAUAUUUUGAUAAUUGGCUGUCCACAUCUCCAGUGGAAGAAGCACAUUUAUGCCUUACAGGUGGAAGAACUAGGAUUCAGAUUCAGGACGAGCUGUCUCCAGAGUCUCCUUCAGGACAGGCUAUCAUCUGAUCCUCUGAAGAAGGAGGCUCUAUGCUGUCAGGGUAGCGUUCUUCUCCACGUGAAGAGUGAGGAAGAGGUGGAGGUGACAGGAAUUGAACUGGUUCAAGCCAUGUCCCUGGGCUUAGUGACUUUCACAGAUGUGGCCAUAGACUUCUCCCAGGAUGAGUGGGAGUGGCUGAAUCUUGCUCAGAGAAGUUUGUACAGGAAGGUGAUGUUGGAGAACUACAGUAACUUGGUUUCAGUAGGUCUUUGUAUUUCUAAACCAGAUGUGAUUUCCUUGUUGGAGCAAGAGAAGGAUCCCUGGGUAAUACCAGGAGAGACAUCAAGAAAUCCAUGCCCAGACUUGAAAUAUAUGUGGUUGUUCAAGGAAUUAUCUUCAAACCAGGAUAUUUAUGAAGAAAAUUUAUCCAAGGAAGAACCUACAAGCUGUUUCACAUUAGGGGAAAACUUGAAAUGUGAGGACUUGUUUGAGAGUAAGCCAAUAAGUCAGAAGUCAUGCUUGAAGCAAGAGAUGAUCACUCAUAUAGAUAACCUUAUUGAGAAAACAGAUCACCCUAUCAGAUCUGGGACAGAUUUUCAACUGAGUACAUUAUCUUAUAUAAAACAGAUUUUUCCCAUGGAAGAGAGAAUAUAUAAUUUUGAUACAAUUAUGAAAACACAUUCGGUUGUGAGAAAAUGCAAGCAAGUUUAUGGAGAAAAGAAACUUUUAAAAUGUAACGACUGUGAGAAAACAUUCAACAAAAUCUCAACUCUUACUCUUCAUCAGAGAAUUCAUACUGGAGAGAAACCCUAUGAAUGUAUUGAAUGUGGAAAGGCCUUUAGCCAGAGUGCUCACCUUGUUCAACAUCAGAGAAUACACACAGGAGAAAAACCCUUUGAAUGUAAUGAAUGUGGAAAGGCCUUCAGCCAGAAUGCUCAUCUUAUUCAACAUCAGAGAGUUCAUACUGGAGAAAAGCCUUUUCAGUGUAAGCAGUGUAAUAAAGCCUUCAGCCAGCUUGCACACCUUGCUCAACAUCAGAGGGUUCACACUGGAGAGAAACCAUAUGAAUGUACUGAAUGUGGGAAGGCUUUUAGUGACUGUUCAUCCCUAGCUCAUCAUCGUAGGAUUCACACUGGGACAAGACCCUAUGAGUGUAUUGACUGUAGAAAAGCUUUCAGACAGAAUGCUUCUCUUAUACGUCAUCGGCGAUAUCAUCAUACUGGAGAGAAACCCUUUGAUUGCAUUGACUGUGGGAAGGCUUUCACUGAUCACAUAGGACUUAUCCAGCAUAAGCGAAGUCACACCGGAGAGAGACCUUACAAGUGUAAUAUGUGUGGUAAGGCUUUUAGCUAUGGCUCCUCUUUGACUGUACAUCAGAGAAUUCAUACAGGAGAGAAGCCUUAUAGGUGUAAUAUAUGUAAGAAAGCCUUUAGCCACCGUGGCUCACUUACUCUUCAUCAAAGAGUUCAUACUGGAGAGAAACCGUAUGAAUGUAAGGAAUGUGGGAAAGCUUUUCGGCAAAGCACACACCUUGCUCAUCAUCACAGAAUUCAUACAGGAGAGAAGCCUUACGAAUGUAAGGAAUGCAGCAAGACCUUCAGCCAGAAUGCACACCUUGUUCAACAUCAGAAAGUACACAGUGGAGAGAAACCUUAUGAGUGCCAGGAAUGUGGUAAGGCCUUCAGCCAGAUUGCACACCUUAUUCAGCACCAAAGAGUUCAUACUGGCGAGAAGCCAUACAAGUGUAUUGAAUGUGGGAAGGCCUUUAGUGAUGGCUCAUACCUUGUUCAACAUCAGAGACUCCACAAUGGCAAAAGACCGUAUGAAUGUCUUCAUUGUGGGAAGGCAUUCAGACAGAGGGCGUCCCUGAUUUGUCAUCAGAGGUGUCAUACUGGUGAGAAACCUUAUGACUGUAGUGUUUGUGGCAAAGCCUUCAGCCACCGAAAGUCCCUUACUCUACAUCACAGAAUUCAUACCGGAGAGAAACCUUAUGAGUGUAAGGAAUGUAACAAAGCCUUCAGCCAGAUCGCCCAUCUUACACUACACAAAAGAAUCCAUUCAGGAGAAAGACCCUAUGAGUGUAAAGAAUGUGGAAAAGCCUUCAGGCAGAGCAUACAUCUUGCUCACCAUCAGCAGAUUCAUACUGGAGCGUUAUCCUCAGUUACUCCCUCCUCACUCUCGUAUCACCAAGUCCUGUAGAUUCAGUCUUCCAAAUGCCUCUAGAAUCUGCUUUUUACCAAUCCUCAUCCCAUCAUUGUCUUUCAAGACAGCCAUCUCUGGAUUUCUACAAUACCAGCUUUUCUCAAGUUCAU